GAGAGAGGGAGAGAGAGAGAGAGAGAGAGAGAGAGAGAGAGAGAGAGAGAGAGAGUGAGAGAGAAAGAGAGAGAGAGAAAGAGGAAGGAAUAUGGUUUCAUCCGACGCUCCUCCCGGUUCUGCGCUGCGUUAGCGGAGCUCUGGGCUCACUCGACCAGCUUCCCGUUACCGAGCAGCCUGCAGGAGCUCAACCGGCACACCGGGACACAUCAAUGGUGGAGGCCGUGGUGGAGUUCGACUAUGAGGCUCAGCAGGACGACGAGUUGGGCCUGGCGGUGGGCGACGUCAUCGUGAACAUACGGCGGGACGAUGGAGGAUGGUGGGAGGGCGAGCUGGGCGGACGCAGGGGCCUGUUCCCGGAUAACUUUGUCAGGGAGAUCAAGAAGGAGGGAAAGAGGGACGGAGGACAGGCGAGCAUGAUCAGAUCUGACCUUUCCAACGGGAGAUCCAGCCCCGUGUCCGACGCCAGCGUACGAUCGAGCCGGAAAGUAGAGCAGAUCCGUAAGCGGAGAUGUAAAGCGGCGUUCAGCUACGCGCCUCAGCACGAAGACGAGCUGGAGCUGAAAAUAGGAGACGUCGUGGAGAUCAUAUCCGAGGUGGAAGAGGGCUGGUGGGAGGGAUUUCUAAAUGGGAAGACUGGAAUGUUCCCCUCCAAUUUCACCAAAGUUGUCCAGACGGAGUCGGAAACGUCGUCCCUGGACACGUCGCAGGAGGAGCUGCGCAGCAACCGCACCAGUAAGGAUAGCCCGGGCAGUGAAAGCGAUGGAGGCGACAGCCGGUCAGAGACGGGUUCAGGAGAAAUCCAGCCCAAGAAGGUCCGAGGGUUUGGCUUUGGAGACAUCUUCAAAGACCAGCCCAUCAGGCUCAGACCGCGCUCCAUGGAGGUGGACUCGGAGGGGGACAAGGUCAACGAGGGGAAAGCAGCGAGCGUCGCCACGGAAACCAUGAAGACUGAACCCGACGGCAAAGCCAAAGGGCGAGAGCUGUGUAAAGUCCUCUUCCCCUACGAGGCCCAGAACGAAGACGAGCUGUCACUAAAAGAGGGGGAAAUCAUCAACAUCAUCACCAAGGAGUGUGCCGACGCCGGCUGGUGGAAGGGCGAGGUCGGGGGUCGGCGGGGCGUCUUCCCCGAUAACUUCGUCAAGCUGCUGGACGCCGACAAAGAGAGACCAAAGAAACCGCCUCCCCCCGGUGCGCCUUCAGCGAAACACACCGCAGAGAGAAAGUCGGAGGUCAAGAAGGUUCCCCCCGAGCGCCCUGAACACCUGCCCCAGAGAGACCAGGACCGAGGUGAAGAGGUGAAGCUCGGAGACAUCCCCAAGCCCUCCCUCCCGUCUACCCUUCCCAAGAAACCCCUCCCCCCAAAGACGAGCACCUCCUCUUCCUCCCAACCCCCGCGGCGCCCCGAGAGACCGCCCACUCUAGCGUGUGAAAGCCCCAAGUCAGAGGGCGGGGCUUCGACACCAGACUCUGCCCCUGACAGGUCACAUGACGCCGAUGUGGACCUCGACGUCGUCGUGGCGUCGACAGAGAAGCUGAACCAUCCGACGGCGUCGCGGCCGAGAGUCACCGACCGCCGGCCUCGAUCCCAGAUCAUCUCAGCAUCCUCCCCAUCCAGUCUGGACCUGGACUCCCCCGUAGUGAUGGACAGGAAGGAGAAGGCGGAGCCGGAGUCCGUCCCCCAAAGGCCCGUCGAGGUUUCCCUGAGGAAAGGAGUCCCCUCUGUACCCGACAGUAAAGCCCCGCCUCCCGCCAAGCCCUCCGUCCUGGCCCCGCCCUCCGCCGGCCAUCGCCCCACGUCCCCGUCUUCCUCCUCGGGCCUGAGCCCCUCCCCCGAGCUCAGGCAUUCGCCUCUGACCCCCCCGACGCUGGAGGAACUCAGGAACCAGCUGAGGGACCUGAGGUCCUCCGUGGAGCUGCUGAAGAACCAGCACAGGCAGGAGAUGAAGCACUUGACCAACGCGCUGGAUGACGAGAGGAAGAUUCGUGUUAGUUUACAGAUGGAAGUAGAGCACAUAAAGAAGAGCCUGUCGAAGUGAAGACGAGAGCCUAAAGACACUUCAGCCAAAACAAAAAGUUUGUGCCAAAUGAUCAUGAGGAUCGACAUCAGCAGCAGCAACGCAGUACCAUGGAAUCAAAUCCCCCACCACACACACACACACACACACACACACACACCCACCUCCCCCCCCCCCACUCUGACAUCGCCUUACUCCUUUUAUUUUUUAUUUUCUUUAUUCUCUCUCGUUAAGUUUACCUUCCGUCUCGUCUAAAAAAGCUUGCUGUGCCCGCCGGUGUGCUCACUGGGCGGCGCGUCGCCAUGGUUACGGAGCGAUGACGCAAAGGCCGCACCCGCGGCGACCUCACGCCGCUACUUACUGAAGGAGACUCGACCUUCGUAUAGCCCGGUUGGUUCAGACGACCUCUGUGCCGGUCGGUGUCCCCUUUGCGGCCUUCACCUCUUCUCUGCGCGAGUGUGUGUGUGAGAGGUUUUGUUUUCCCAUCCAUGUGGGGACCAGCAGUCAGAUCGGGGACACCUUCGUAAAGUGAGGUAGUUUUUAAGAUUAUAAGAUAACGGUUGGGAUUCGGGUUGAUCGAAGCUGAUAAUUCACGAUCGACUGUAUCGUUUCGCACACUGAGCUCGAUGUUUCCAUGGUACACUGCAGGCGGGGGAUUUUUGAAACAUCAGCCAUUAACCAGCCCUGACCUUUUUCCUUCUUGAUAUCAUAACUUUAUAACUUGCAGUCAAAUAUUCCACCUGUUGGGAGGCUAAAACCUAUAAGCACAUGAUGAUUCUUCCCCCUAUCACUUUAAUUAAGUCUUACGACACGUGCCGAUACUAUUGGUGCUAAUUAAAGGAAUAGUCGGUCAUUUUGGGAACUACGCUUAUUUGCUUUAUUGAGGGGAGUUAUUAUUCUUUACAGAAGCUGGUAAGGCGUAAUGCUGAACUAAGCGUCUCCAGGCUGUGGCUUUAUACCCGAUCUUCUCAUCUAAUUCGGCAAGAAAACAAAGAAGCACAUUUCCAAAAAUGUGAAUCAAUUUCUUGGACCAAAUUAAAACAAAGCUGCACUGUGAUAUUUGGCUGCGAACGAAUGCGAAGAAAAGCACACGUCAGCGCACGAACCCCCUCAUUCAUGAACAUCCGUCACGUGAAGAGCGUUCGUUGCCUUCUGGACCAAAACAUUUUCUUAUUUCAACCUUGUUUUUUUUGUUGCACUUUUUUGCACCUCGAUUCCAGGAAACCUGGAGAAACAACCCCACGAAUAACAAAAUAAAACCACGAGAUCCACGUGCAGCUGAAGCUUCUGGUGCUCUUUUGGCAGCAGGUGAAGGGUAAAGACAGGGUUGGAGGAAUGUAGUCAGUGAAUGGACCUCACAGGUAAAAACAAGAGACAAGUGUGUGUGUGUGUGUGUGUGUGGUAGCAUGUACGGCCGUUUGCCUCCCUUCCUUACAUGUGCACAGAAUCUAUGGCAACCCGUCACUGUGGCCUUCCUGUUCUCGACUCCACAUCUUUCUUUCUUUCUGUCUUUCUUUCUCUCUUUGUCUGUCUUUCUUUCUUUCGUACGACAACGAGAAAACCACAACAACCGAGUCUACAAUAGUUUUUUUUUUUUUUUUGACUUGGUCCUUUCUCUCCGGGAUAGUGAUAAAUAUAUAUACUUUUAUAUUUCUGUGUAAUAAAGAUGCUUAUUAUGUACUGUA